CAAGGUCAAGUACGUGGACAAGAUCCACAUCGGCCAUUUUGAGAUCGACGCCUGGUACUUCUCGCCCUUCCCGGAGGAUUAUGGGAAGCAGCCGAAGCUCUGGAUCUGCGAGUUCUGCCUCAAGUACAUGAAGCUGGAGCGCUCCUACCGGCUGCACCUGGGCCAGUGCCAGUGGCGACAACCGCCGGGCCGGGAGAUCUACCGGAAGGGCAACAUCUCCGUGUACGAGGUGGACGGGAAGGACCACAAGAUCUACUGCCAGAACCUCUGCCUGUUGGCCAAGCUCUUCCUGGACCACAAGACCCUCUACUUCGACGUGGAGCCCUUCGUCUUCUACCUCCUCACCGAGGUCGACCGCCAGGGCGCCCACAUCGUCGGCUACUUCUCCAAG